UGCAUACUCACUCAGAAAGACCUCGCUAGUAACAGUAUAGAAGCAUCUCUACGGAACACAAGUUGGUGACAUAAGUGAGCAACGGCUGUUUAUUCGUCUGGAGUACUUGGAUAUACAUCCGUGAUGUCUAAACCUACGUCCUCGAUGAGACCAAACGAUAACAAUUACUUCAACGGCCAGUGGCUGAGAAAGGCCUCUAUGUGGGAGCAAGUGAUGGAUACCAGCCACAAACACGGAAAUUUUCUGAUAUGGUAUCAACUGGACCUUAAGAGCAGAACUCCCCUCCAGGAGGAACAAGUCAAAAGAGCAGUCAUCCACCUCUACAGGAGAGUACCAAAUCUCGGCGUAGCCCUUGCUCCUCGUGAAGGAACUUUGUGGGUCAAGAGAGCCACCAAUCCUAAUGUUGACUUCAAGGUUCUUCAGGGUCAGACAGUGGAGGAAGCAAGGGCCAUCGUCUGCGCUUUUCGCUCCAACACAGAAACAGGUCCUUUGUUCUGUGCCCGUCUUCUGAAGGAUUCCCCAGACAAAAUCUCAGACAUAGAUCCUGAAGACCUGGAUCCUGACCUGAAACACAGCUACUUCAUGUUCUUUGGUUUUCACCAUGGUGUUGUGGAUGGUACAUCAAACAUGUACAUCAUGGGUUUCUUCAUUUCUAUGUUGAACGAUAUUAUUUCUAAUAGGCCUAUAAAUGAUGAUGAACCACUGGGUGAAUAUAUCCCAGAAGAUGCAACAGUCAAAUUAAUUUUGAGAAAGACAGAAAUGAUUGAAGCUGAUUCUCGUCUGCGAGACAGACUCAUUCAGGAAAAUGAAGUACAAAAGAACCAAAAGGCAAACAUAACACAAAUUUCUGACAAGACACCAGCAGAAAAGAGAACUGUGACUUUAGCGAGAGUACUUAGUCAGGAUGUAACUUUGAAGUUUAUACAAAAAUGCCGACAAGAGAAAGUCACUGUGAACUCUGCCUUCUCAGCUCUUGUUGCUGCAGCACUGACAGACACCUUAGUUGAAUAUGGCUUAGUAAAAGAUUCCUACUCUGUUCAGAAUUUCCAUUUGGUUAACUUGAGAAGAUACUGGGAAAAUAAACCGCCCAUUUCCCUAGGGUGCCAUAUUGGAGGACCUUUGAAACUGUACACAGAAACACCUAGAAACCUUGGUGAUAAGUUCUGGGACUACGUUCGCUCUCUGCAUCAACAAAUUAAAGAUGGCAUUGAGAGUGAGAGAGUCCUUAUAGAUAAAGCACUUCACUUACUGACAACGGAUGAAUUGCCAUACACAGACGAGUUUCUUUUUUCUGACAAGGAAUAUGAGGGGGACUUUGUAACCUCAAACUUAGGGAAUGUAACUCCACUGGUGACAGAGGGUGGAGAACAUGUCAAAAUCAGCCAUGUCAUACGAUCAACAACAAUCCAUUGUAUUGAAAACCCUGUCGUUAUCAAUUUACACACCUUCAGAGGGAAGUUCACUAUGAUGUUCGACUACAAUUCUGGGGCAGUACGAAAAGAUAUUGCUGAAAAGUACUGUUCUCAGAUAUUAAAACGUCUAUUCAGCAUUUUGGAAUAAACUUUAUUUGAUUUAUGAAAGUUGGGUCUGAUGACCUGGCACAGCACAUAUUUAUCUACUACCAGCAGGAAAACUAAAAAAAAAGAUCCAUUUCUUGCUAAGUAAUAUUCUACAUAUCUCAUGUGUCACAAGAGUAUAAAUAGUAUAUUUUGAGGAAAAAUACUUUGGAGAUCACAUAAAUGUAAAGAAGAAUUACUGUUAUAGUAAAUAUCCCUUGCACAUGUUUCCCAAAUCUAUUUCCUCUUCAACGGCAAUAUUCCAAGAUAUUUGUAACAGCUAUUAUUAGUUUUAGUCUCAAUUAGGUCCAAUCCAUAACAGAAAACUUUCUUCACAAACAAUUUUCACUUGUUGAAACUGUAAAUUGUUUCCACAUUGUUUGGAAACAAUUUGUAAAGAUUAUUUGUUCCAUAAAUGAAAAACAAAUACAGUUUGUAAGCAAAUACGCAGAUUAAAGAAAAGGUGAUAGUAAUACAAUUCUCAACACAAUUAGAACACAAGGGACAAAGCGGUAAGCAUCAUGUGGCUUAUAUGAUUUUCCAAUCAUAUAAAGAAAAAAUUCAGCAAAGAGUCUGACAGCAAGCUGUCCUAGUAUGGCCUGGACUUAAUACUUCGAGUUUCCUUUUCAUACAGCACAAUGAAUAUAAUAAAGUAGUUUUAUUCAGGCAA